AGCCGAGCCAGAAAAAGCCUUCAGUCCCUGCAGCUCCGGUUCCAGCGCGUAGGACAGAGCCCGUAGCCGCUCAUACAUGUGAACCUAUCUUUGUUCUCUGAUUGUGAGAGGAAAAGUUAAGAGAAAGGACUCAGUCGAGCAGCUCGGGAAACUUUAACUGGAGAUCCGUGUCUUGGGAUUAUGGGGCGCAUGCGCUGCAGCUUCUCGGCUCUAACAUCUGUUCUCUUCUUGCUGUUAUUUCAGGCCAGUGCUUUCACUCACAUUUCAAGUAACUUCUGUAAGUGGUGUGACCAGUCCAGUCCUGUGUGUGAGGACAACAUCUGCAGGAGCAACUGCAACUUCAGUUCUUUCUGCGCCCUGGCUGAAGAGGUCUGUGUGGCUAUAUGGAAAAGGGAGAAUGAGAGUGUGAGCGUACGGACCCUAUGCCACAAUCCUCAGGAUGCUCUGGAGAACACAGUGUUGUCCAAUGACAGCUCCAUCGAGUGUGUGAUGACCCCACUGCCCUCUGAGAACGGCAUGCUGUUCCUCUGCAGCUGCAUCAGAGAACAUGACUGCAAUGACAAGCUUAUCUUUGACAAGGGACCACAUGGUUUCUCCAGGCUAAAGAGUAAAGAUGUGAUUCCAGUAGUGGUGAUCAGCCUGGUUCCUCCACUCCUGGUAGCUGUUAUUGCUACAAUGGCCUUUUACCUGUACCGCACACGGCAGCCCAACAAACAGCCCAAAGACUGGGCUCCUAAGCGCACUCAUUACCAGUCGCUGGACCCACCAGAAGGCUGUGUGGGCGAAGCCAACAGCAGUGACUUCCAUGGAAAGCUUCUGUCCCUCAGCGUGGACGCAAAUUCAGACAUGUCGUCAAGCUGUGCCAAUAGUCUGAACCACAACACCGAGCACCUACCCAUCCAGCUGGAGGCAUUGGUGGGUAAAGGGCGUUUUGCUGAGGUCUGGCGGGCGCGACUCAACCACAGCGAAUGCGGUCAGUAUGAGACCGUGGCAGUGAAAAUCUUCCCAGCUGUGGAGUACACCUCCUGGCGCAAUGAGAGGGUCAUCUUCUCAGAUGCCAACCUGAAACACGAGAACAUUGUGCAGUUCCUAACAGCAGAAGAGCGCAGCGGAACACCUGGUGCCCCCCAGAGGCAGUACUGGCUUAUCAUGGCCUAUCACGCCCUAGGGAACCUGCAGGAUUUUUUGGUCAGCCAUGUCCUCAGCUGGUCGGAGCUCUGCGCAAUGGCAGGCUCUGUGGCUCGUGGUCUAGCACACCUACACAGCGACACCACGCCCUGUGGCACGCCCAAAGUGCCAAUUGCUCACCGGGACCUGAAGAGCAGCAACAUUGUGGUGAAAAGCCGCAGCGAGUGUGCUCUGUGCGACUUUGGUCUGGCACUGCGGCUGGACCUUGCACUCACUGUGGAUGACUUCGCCAACAGUGGGCAGGUGGGCACAGCCCGAUACAUGGCCCCUGAGGUUCUGGAGUCUCGAGUGAAUCUGGAGGACUUAGAGUCCUUCAAACAGAUGGAUGUCUACUCCAUGGCUCUGGUACUGUGGGAAAUGGCCUCUCGCUGUGAAGUCAUAGGAGAGGUGAAGAGCUAUGAGCCUCCAUUCGGUUCGAAAGUGUGUGAGCAGCCGUGUGUGGACAGCAUGAGAGAUCUGGUGCUGAGAGACAGAGGACGACCCGAUAUCCCACUCAGCUGGACAAUACAUCCGGGAAUGCAGCUGCUGUGUGCUACUAUAACAGAAUGCUGGGAUCACGACCCAGAAGCCCGUCUGACUGCACACUGUGUGCUGGAGCGCUUCAACAUGCUGGCCCAGGAGGAGCUGGAGAGUGCCACCAUCUCUGUCCCUGUCCCAGCCUCUGCAGAGCAGCAGGACUCCUCUCUCCCCUCUCCAACUCCCUCGCUCUAUCCACAAAACCCCGCCCCAGCUGAGGCUCACACCACUGCCUCCUUCAGGCAACUGAGUGAAGUGUGACCGCUCCCAAAGCCCUGCAAAACAGACUUGUUUUUGUAAUAUAUAUUGGUUCAAUAUGUGGAGCUGGUCUCCACUGGUUUCUUUUUUUAUCUAAAUAUCAGCUUUCUGUUUUGGUACCAAAGGAAUUAAUGAACAUAAUGUGCCACUGAAGAAGGACUGGAGAUGAAUAAGCAAGAUAAUGUAGGCCCUGGCUACAUUUCACCACAGUCUGCAGCCAUAUACAAAUGUUUGGGCGCCCCUGGUCAAAUGAUGUGUUUUGUUGAUUUUCUAAUUGGAAAUAAAUCCUCUACA